GCAAUUUUUUCCUUAUUUUUCUUACCACACAUGUCAUCUGUUUUUUUUUUUCAUGAUUCUUUUUUUAUUGUUAACUUGUGAUGGAGUAUGAUUAAUAGAACUCUAUGACUCUGCAUUAAUCAUUUGUGUGCUUUGGCUCCACGAAAGUUUUUAUUUAACAUUUUUAUUCAAUCUACAUUGUUAUUUCUCAUGAAUCUUUUUUCUAUAAUAACAGCAUGGAUGAAAAGCAUUCUGAGCCAGAGCAACCAGAAGGAGGGGAACACACUCCAGCACAAGAAGCUAAUAUCACAAACCAAAUAGCAGCACCAACCCAGAUAGCUGGUGGUUCAUCCUCUUCAUGCUACCCGAUUGGGCAACUCUAUCCUCACCAACACAACCACCAGCAAGCAUUGCAGAGUCAACUGCAGAACUUUUGGAAAGCCCAGUUUGAGGAAAUUGAGAACAUUGAGAAGACCACUAAAUUCAACCAUGCAUUGCCUCUGGCGAGGAUCAAGAAGGUCAUGAAAGCUGGUGAAGGUGUGAAAAUGGUAGCAGGCGAGGCUCCUGUUCUGUUCGCCAAGGCGUGCGAGAUGUUCAUUAUGGAGCUAACAAUGAGGUCUUGGGUGAAUGCUGAGGAGAACAAGAGGAGGACCCUUAAGAAGAGUGACAUUGCAUCUGCAAUCUCUGGGACUGAUUUAUAUGAUUUUCUCGUUGAUGUUGUUCCUAAGGGUGAGACACUGGAGCGUGAAGUGCAUGUUGAAAUUCCGCCAAGAAGGGGAAAUGUUGCUGAGGUUGUUCAGAAUGUUCCAGUUGUUCAGAACGUUCCUCCUCCUCAUCCUUACUAUUAUGUGCCAUCACCAGCUCAAUAUUUUGCUGCUGGAGGUCCAUCACAUGGUGUGAUUCCUCCAAGUAUGGUUAUGGCAAGGCCACCUUUUAAUCAUCCAAUUUAUGGACAGCAACCACCAUAUCCUUAUGGUCUUCAAGUAGUGUAUCCAGCCCCAAAAUGUCUGAUGAUGAAAAACUCUCCAGAUUCCGAUGAUCAGGACGACAAAUCUACUGCAGGAAGUGCCUGAAUAUUGAGUUUGAGUGAAGCUACCCACCCUCAUCUUCUCCUUUACUUUUUUAUUAAAUUGCAUGUUAAGACCGUGGUAAUGUUCUUAUGAAUAUCCAUAAAUAAAGUAUGAGAUUGUUGUAAAAUGACUCAUAAGUAAAAUAGAGUGUUGAACUAUAUUUAAGUAAAAUGACUUGUACACUUAAUGCCUUAAAAUUUUGAGCUACUUCACUAAUACAGUUUAGUCUUUGUACAAUAUAUGUGGUGUGCAGAGACAUACUCAUGCCCCUUCAUGUUCAUAUCUUUCUUCCCUCUAUUAAUGAAGCAGAGCAACUUGGUGUAGCGAAGUUGGGAUGGUGGAGGAACAUAGGGGAUCAGGGGACUGCAUGACCUCAUGACAAAGGAAGAGAAAGAUGGGGUUAUUUUUGUAAAUUUCUUUUCUAAACCUUAUUCAAUCUUAGCCUUUCACUUUGUUUAUUAUUAUAUCUAUGUCUUUUGUUCAAGUAGUAUGGUGC